AUGCGUUCAUCCGACCUCGGCGACUCUGAGUUCAUCCUCGAGAGGCUCGCCAGCGAGUUCGAUGUCGACCUCGACAGCCAUCUCGACCCCCAGAAGGCAGCCACGCUCGAGGCCGUCAGGAUCCUGGCUGACGAAUACCUCUUCUGGUGCGUCAUCACAUGGCGUUAUUGGCUGGACGGCUGCAAGACCUUCCUCAAAUCCCAGUCCUUCGCACCUUUCCUGAGACGUGCCUUUCCUUUCUUCAUGAAAAAGGGGAUGAAGGAGAGAGCGAGACACCAUGGCAUCGGCAAGCACAGUCCAGAGGAGAUUUUCCAUAUGUGCAAGAAAGCGUGCAAGACUUUGUCUCUUGUGCUUGGCGAGUCUCCCUUCUUCGGCGGGGAGCAACCCUCGACCGCCGACUGUGCCGUCUUCGGCCAACUGGCGCAGCUCAAGUGGAAUGCCCCGGGAUCCUCCUAUGAAAGCAUAGUCACAGAAGCGUAUCCGAACCUCAGUGAGUACUGCGACCGAAUGAGAGACCGAAUCUACCCUGACUGGAACCAGCUCCUCAAACCCGAGUGAACCGCCACGAACCACAGUCCUUCGAUUCCUCCGCUAGACAAUAAUGUGAUAUAUAUGUAUUCUGUUUGUGAAUGUGCAUUCCUUACGUAUGAUGCUAAAUAAUGUGACAACAUGAUAUAAAAUCGGCUUCAA